CUCCUAUAUACUUCCGUUUCCGGGCACGUCUCUUCCUUUCUGUGUGGAUUGCGCUCUCGCAAACAUGGUGAACGUUCCUAAAACCCGCCGGACUUUCUGCAAGAAGUGUGGCAAGCACCAACCCCACAAAGUGACACAGUACAAGAAAGGAAAAGAUUCUCUUUAUGCCCAGGGAAAGCGGCGUUAUGAUAGGAAGCAGAGUGGCUAUGGUGGGCAGACGAAGCCUAUUUUCCGGAAAAAGGCUAAAACUACAAAGAAGAUUGUGCUGAGGCUUGAAUGUGUUGAGCCCAAUUGCAGAUCUAAGAGAAUGCUGGCUAUUAAGAGAUGCAAACAUUUUGAACUGGGAGGAGAUAAGAAGAGAAAGGGCCAGGUGAUCCAGUUCUAAGCUUCAUAUUUUUAUAUUAUGAAGACAGUAAAAUCUUGGUUAUGUUUACUUCAUUUGGUUGCAGUUGGUCUUUUAAGAUGGAAAUAAAGUACUGGCAUCAAUAAAAUUCCUCUCGUGGGGCAGUUUAUGCUUGA